AUGCUACCCAGCGCCCACCUGCUGACCACACCGACUUCGCUCGCCAACUAUAAACCUGAAGACCUAUCGUCGACUGCGUUUUCGUUACUUUCAUCGAGUUACCUGUUUCUGCAGGUCGACCGCGACCUUGCCCAUGAGGAGGAGCGUAUGGCACAUCCACCAAGGCCAAAGAGCAGAAACGACGAUGCGGAGCUAUGGUUUUCAAUGCCUAGUAGUGCGAGGCGGGAGCACCAACAGACUCGGGGUCCAGAGCAGUCGGCAUACCAAGCAACGUCAACUCGGCAUAGCUUCCGCAGAUCUGCAUCACCAAGUCGAUUUCCACCGAUACCAUUAAUAUCUACGACUACAGCUGUCAAUAAGCCGCUACCACCCUCCCCCGAGUCCGAGAAGAAGAAGCGCAAGCCGGCUUCGCUGCGCUCCUUAAUCCGGCGCCGGCCCUCAGACCAGCUUGAUCCGUCCCACCUCCAGCCUGAACCCUACCAGAACCACCAACGCUCUUCGUCCGCUAACGGGAACUUGAGCCCCACGCCAUAUCAGUAUUAUUACCAGCAGCCAUCUUCCCGCAGCAUGCCCUCUUCACCUGCGGAGUACUCUCAGGCUUCAUCCCAAGUCCCUAUCCUCGCUCGCGCCCAUUCCACCACCGUAAAUAUGUCGACGCCUACUCAGCCCCAAACCUACCCUCAGCGGUCAUCCUCUACUAAUGCGUAUUUCGAACCACAACCUCCUCGCGCCCGUCGCACCUUCCCGGAGACGAGUACACCUUCCAGUGCAACGACUCGCGACUCCAUCUCAGAUAGACCGCGACCCCAUACCUGGUUAUCACCAACCGAGCCCUUCGAGGAUGCAUCUGAAUUCCAUCUUUUCGUAGAAGCCACUAGUGGACUUUCAGACGGAGGUGGAGGCUUCGACACGCUCUCCCCAAAUAGCCCACCACGCCUCCAAGGCUCCCUCUUCGGUCGCGGCCGCCAAAAUGACCGAAUACCAAUCCCACUACAAAACCCUCCCGCGGCCCAACCCUCUCAAACUCACCCUGUCGGCGGAUGGCAAACUAUGGGCUAUGACUUCAUUCCACCUCAGCCUACAGAUUCUCAAAUGACAGCAUCGGCCCUACCACGUCUGGAUCCUAAUGUGCAGUCUCAUUUGACUCCCAACAUGAAUGUCAUCAACCUGGAAUUAGAAAGAUUAGGGUUAAGUGAGGAAGAAGAGGCUGAGGAUGAAUUGCCCGAUUAUGCGCAAAGUCAGGCGGAAAUGAACGCAAUGAGGAGGCGAGAGGCGACCGAUCGAGCUAGGGAAUUAGAAGCUAGACACUGCCCAUGGACCUACAUUGAGUUUGAUUGUGGUGGCUGGUCUGUGAAGAAGGGAAGAAAUGAUUCAAUUCUGGGGGCAAUGGACGAAAGGUCUGAUUCAUUUAAUUCUGAAGCCGACGUCCCUGCGGACUUCUGCCGCUGUUUUGUUCGAUUCACAACAUUGAUACCCUCGCUUGAUACUAUUCACUUUGGAAAAUUAGGUUGGAAGAUUUCGUGGUUGUAUGGAUAUGGAGAUAGCAUCAACGGACUGGUCAAGUGUAUGAUGGAACGAAGACUUCGAAUGGAUAUAGUCAUAUUUUCACCGAAGUUUCUACAAUAUGCUGCUACGAUGAACGUGGAGUUUUCACUUGCUACUUCUCUGGCCUUCCAUUUCCUCCUUGAGCAUUUGCCAGCGAUGCUGCAACUCUUACCGCAAGCACGAAUCCUUCACUUUCACUACGACACACGAAUUCAUCCACCUCAAACCCCUAAAUCUGCCUUCAGCGAUAGCUACACAUACGAUACGGUCGGCGCUAAUAUUCCAUCCGUCCAAUUGACGCGCGCGACAAUGAAAACCCAAACUACCGUCCCAAUAGCGUCGCUGAUUCCAGCGCCAACCCAUGCAUGUUAA